UGUUACAUGCUGUGAAUACAGUUUACAACACUAGCAAAAUGCCGUGGAAUUUUAAAUAAAAUAGAUGAGAAAACGAUGAAACUACUAAUCGGGGCGGGAUCAAAAUUUUUGGAGGAUACAUUAGCACUUGUCAGUACCUUAAAACUACUUUUCACUAUCACUUUCUGAAAGUGUUUAUCACCUUGGCUUCCAAGUUUCCAUUCUUACUAUCAGCACCAGAGACUUUGGGCUAUCAACACGUUUAGAGACUUUGGAAUUGUGUUAGAGACUUAAGACUAUCAUCACGGUGUACGGCGGCUUAUCUUGACGCCGGGUUUCCAUCAAUCGACACAUGGAUGUAGGUUCCAACCUCUCAAUGCGUGCCAAUGCUUUUAGUAUCAGCAAUUUGAUGUCCGGGCCGCUGAGUGACUUAGGGCUCGGGGGUUUUGGAUAUCCCUUUGUACCCCAACAGAGAAGCACGGACUGUCAGUUUGAUUGGGGACAGAAUGGUCCCUAUGGUAACGGAAUGAAAACAAUGGAAGCAUGUCUAAUGAAUGCUGGUACUGGGCGGCCAUUAUUCGACCCGGUCCGUCUAGAUCAACAGUUACCGGAAGCUGUUCCUAGGAAUAAUUUAACGGACUCCUUGUUAGAAAGUGGAAAGAGCACGGAUAUUAACCAAAAUAACUCGAAAUCACCGGAAUGUUCAAUGUGUGAAAGUGACGGACAAGAUGAAAAUAAACCUUUAAAUUCUAAAUUAGCAAGUGUUUCUUGUCAACUUGAAAUGAAAUCGUUAUGGGAUGAAUUUGAUGAACUCGGUACAGAAAUGAUUGUGACCAAAGCAGGACGGCGGAUGUUCCCUACAUUUCAAGUACGACUGUACGGUCUAGACUGUAACUCAGAUUAUAUGGUCAUGAUGGACUUUGUACCGUGUGACGAUAAAAGAUACAGAUAUUCUUUCCAUAGUUCGAGUUGGGUUGUAGCGGGCAAGGCGGAUCCUUACAUGCCUGGCAGGAUACAUGUCCACCCAGACUCACCAGCAAAAGGCUCGCAAUGGACAAAACAAAUAGUUUCAUUUGAUAAAUUAAAGCUUACCAAUAACCUUAUGGAUGAUAAUGGACAUAUUAUAUUGAAUUCCAUGCACAAGUUCCAGCCUCGUUUUCACGUUGUCUAUGUAUAUCCAAAAGCGGAAGAUUGCUCAAAAACACAAAACUAUAAAACAUUUAUAUUUCCUGAAACAAAAUUUAUGGCCGUGACAGCCUAUCAAAAUCAUCGAAUAACACAACUGAAGAUAGCCAGUAAUCCAUUUGCGAAAGGUUUUAGAGAUGUCGAUCCUAACGACUGUAUGGUAGACGUUUUGUCACAGAUGUCUCCACAUGGGCAACAGCGGAACCACAGCCGUCCAAGCUCCCUGCAAAUGAUGGGUACCAGUAGAAAAGGAUCUCCAACUUCCAAAUCUUCGGAAGAGGCCAAAGACAUUCAACAAACAGACGUAAUGGCGGCAUCUAGUUUCGCGCCAAAUUUCAAUCCUAACAUGAGACUGUCCUCUUCCUAUCCUACAGCAGAGACAUUUGCUUACGCACAAUAUGCGCAUGACACAUAUCUCAUGGCAACGAAAUCGCGACCUUCACCUUACAGUCGCUCAAUGGACUAUGCAUACAGACCGCCAAAUAUUAAAAUGUCGUACGCCCAGAGUGCACCAACAAGUUUUGGAUAUAAUUAUGAAGCAAGGUGAAUUAGGGGUUCCCUCAACAUUUACAGAAACAUUUAACAUGUCUGGAUACUGUAUCAAGAUGUUCAAGUUUACAUUUUAAAGGAUAAUUUAUUACAGACAAAAUUCCGGAUUUGUUUAGGACGAGAGACAGUUUCAAAAUAUUAAUAUAUUUGAAACAUCCAGGAGCAAAUAUUUCACAAUAAAGCAUAUUUCGUAUUCAAACAAAGGAUCUUUCUUACGAAUGACGUACUUGCUGGUAUGAUCUCUGUGAAAAUCUUUUAAUUUUUUAAAAAGCUAAUUUGAAAUGCGCAUGUGUACUGGAAUAAUUAUGUUGAAUUCAAAAUAUUUUGGAAUAUUAAUUUAUCUAAAACAAUUAAAUAUUUUCAAACACGGGAUAUAUUACCUUGCCCUUUUUACAUAAAAUGCAGCAUUUUAUUUCUAACAUAAUUAAUGUUAUGAUCAUAAAUUCCAUUAUCUGAAUUUUUUUAUAACCGUUACACACAUUUCUGCACUUUACAGAAUUUGAACGCAAAAAGAAUUUGCAACUUAACGAUAAAUCGUAAUUUUUUUUAGAUAGCUUGGAUCAUAUUCUAUCAUACGAAAUAUAAUAAGUUUUUGGCCAGUUUUCAUUAAAUACGAGAAACACUUUAGUUGCUGUUUAAAUAAUUAGAUCUUAUUAUAUUACAGUCUUUUAUUUUUUAAUUUGCAUUGUGAUAAACGAUCAAUUUUGUUCAUUUCGGAAGCAGAUAUUUAAAGUUAUUUUCAUUACACAAAAUAUCCAUUUCUUUUCGUAAUACUAUGUUGUAAGGAUAAGGUUAGUACCGAAUAUUCGCCUUUCAAUAUGCUGCCAUUUUGCUUUAGAGUAGAGUAAAGCUGUUUGAAAUGUAUGAUUGAAAUCUUAAGUGUUCGUGACCUCCACUUUAAAAGGGAAUCAUUGCAAAACGCAAAAGGAAUUAAAUUUGAUCGGAUCUAAUUUAUUAUAUUAUAUUUUGAUUGAACAAUCUGACACAAUGAAGAAAAUACAGUUGAUUAGGAAACUCGCCUUUAAAUAGAGACAUAAUAAAAGCAAGUAAAGAAUUGUUGUUAUGUAUGAUAUACAGUUUAAUAUACAGUUUAUCUACAUGAUUAGUGUACCUUACUAUCUACCAUGUUUAUGGUAAAUGUAUUAUAAAGUUCAAACAUGUUUUGUUCUAUGUCAAUAUUGUUUUCUGAGUAAAUUUUGUGUUUAUACAAAUAAAUUAUUUUUCUUCAGAA